AAUAUGAAUAUGAUUGGGUAACUUUUUUUGAAAACAGUGAAAAUAGACGGCUAUACAAAGUAAGAUUUUUUGGAAAUAAGGAAGAAAGAACUCCUUUUAAAGACUUUAAAGUUAGUAGGUUGUUGAAAUUGGCGAAGGUUCUCGUAGAAGAUUAUAGAAGACGACUUUUUGGAAGACAACUAAGAUGUAGCCACAUAAUAAUUAUAGCUUUUAUUGUAAUUUUUAUACUAUUGGUUUAUUUUCUUCUUGCAAUUGGAUUCAUUUUCGUUUAUAUAAUCGCUAAAUUUCUUCCUUAUGAACAAGCUGAUAAAUCUCUUCCUAAUGAAAAGGCUGAUAAUAACACGGAAGUUUCUAGUUAUAAGUGCAAAAUAUCAAAAUCUUCACUCGAAGAGAAUAUAGGCAUAACACUUGACGAUGCCUCCGACCCGCUUAUUAUUAGAAAAUAUAUUAUCUAUACAACUAUAUCAUUGUUAAGGAUGAAAACUAAGUAUCAAUUCAAAAUUGAAUCUAUAGUAAUAACUGAAAAGCAAAGAAAUGAACUUAGGCAUCUUUUAUGUGGAAUAGUUAAUGAAAAACAUUAA